AUCUGGAGUAUGUUUAUUGCAAUUAUCAGGAAGAGUGUACGUAAUCUACAAGCAUGUACUGAAGUAGGACUUAUAGAGUAUACAUUAAAACGACUGAAAGAUGAUCAUGAUAUUAUUUCAGAUUUGUUGAUUGAUAUGCUGGGUGUGUUGGCUAGUUACAGUAUCACAGUAAAAGAACUCAAGUUGUUUUUUAGCUGUCUUAAAGGAGAUCAAGGAAAAUGGCCAAGACAUGCUUCUAAGCUGCUGCUAAUAUUACGUCAAAUGCCUCUUAGACGUGGUUCAGAUGCAUUCUUUAGUUUUCCAGGCAAAAAUGGUGCAGCUGUUGCCCUUCCCCCUGUGGCCAAGUGGCCUUAUCAGAGUGGUUUUACUUUCUCAACUUGGUUCCGAUUGGAUCCAAUCAACAGUAUCAACAUAGAUAGGGUGAAGCCUUAUCUAUACUGCUUUCGUACAGGGAAAGGAGUUGGCUACUCUGCCCAUUUCAUGGGUUCAUGUUUGGUUGUCACGGCAAUGAAAAGUAAAAAUAAAGGAUUUCAGCAUUGUAUCAAAUAUGAUUUCCAGCCUCGUAAAUGGUAUAUGGUAACCAUAGUACAUAUAUACAGCCGCUGGAGGAAUAGUGAGAUCAGAUGUUAUGUUAAUGGUAAACUUGUAUCAUACGCAGAUAUGGCGUGGUUUGUAAAUACCAGUGAUCCUUAUGAUAAAUGCUUUCUUGGUUCAGCUCCUACUGCUGACAUGGAGAGAGUUUUCUGUGGUCAGAUGGCUGCUGUCUACCUAUUUAAUGAUGCUUUAGCAAGUCAUCAAAUCGAAGCUAUGUGUAUGCUAGGUCCCAAUUAUAAGAGUUUGUUUAAGUUUGAUUCUGAAAGUGAUCUUUUACUGUCUGACCAAUGUAAGCGAAUCCUAUAUGAUGGCAAACUAUCCAAUUCUAUAGUAUUUACAUAUAAUCCUAUAGCAACUGAUUCACAGUUAUGUCUAGAAUCAUCACCAAAGGGAAACCCAUCAAUAUUUGUACACUCCCCGCAUGCUCUCAUGCUCAAGGAUGUGAAAGCUAUCGUAACUCAUUCCAUCCAUAGUACGCUGCACUCCAUUGGAGGUAUUCAAGUGCUCUUUCCUUUAUUUACACAACUUGACUAUAAGCAACAAUACAAAGAUGAAGAAGGUGAAGUUGAUUAUACUAUCUGUUCAACAUUGUUAGCCCUUCUGUGUGAUUUGAUAGAGAGUUCUGUGACGACGCAGCAACAAAUGAUACAAGUUAAAGGAUUCCUUAUAUCAGGGUAUCUACUUCAAAAAGCCUCCACCAAUCAUAUAACAGAAGCAGUAUUAGAAUCACUAUUAUCAUUAGCUAAGUAUCUCAAUAGACUACCUACUGGUAUUACGUUACUAAAGAAUAUGGUGGAUCAUAUAAUGUUUAACCCAUCGCUAUGGAUACACACACCAGCAAGGGUACAAAUGGCCCUGUAUACAUACUUGGCUACUGAGUUUAUAAGUCAGACUAAUAUAUUCAGUAACAUUAGAAGAGUUAGCACAGUAUUGCAGUUGAUGCAUGCACUCAAAUAUUAUUACUGGAUUGUUAAUCCCGAAGACCGAUCUGGAAUUUCUCCCAAAGGACUUGAUGGCAUUAGACCAAGCCGUGAUGAGUUGAAACAGCUGAGGGCGCUGUUGUUAUUGAUGGUCAAACAGUUAGUUCUGAAAGACAGAAAUACUAAUGAUGAAGAGUUACAGAGUCUACUAAAUUAUCUUGUUACUGUACAUGAGGAUGACAAUCUGAAAGACGUGAUGCAGUUAAUGCUGUCUCUGAUGGCUGAGCAUGGUAAUACAGUGGUACCCGCAUUUGAUAAGAAAAAUGGAAUCAGGGUUUUUUUUAAGUUAUUAGCUUCAAAGGAUGAAAUUAUUCGAGUUAUGGCAAUGAAGACAAUGGCUUUCUUCUUAGGAAAGAUGCCUCACAAACGUAAACUUGAUUUGAUGUAUAGUCACAGUCUUUAUUCCUUGCUUGGUGAGAGACUGUCACUCAAUAGUAACUGCCUAUCUCCUCUUUGUUACACCGGACUAUUUGAGAUAUUGACAGAAAGAGUAACAACGCAAAUUAUUCAAGGAAGACAUCCUGAACCAGAUAAGACAUACAGGGUGAUGAAUCCUGGUCUGUUUCAAAUAAUUGCUAAGUUAAUUAGACAAUCUGCUCCAAGUGAGAAGGCUAUUGAAGUGAGGAAGAUGUUUUUAUCAGACAUGAUAUUAUUAUUCAAUCAUAGUAGAGAAAACAGAAGGAUCCUAUUGCAGUGUUCUGUUUGGCAAGAUUGGAUGUUGGGAUUGGCCUACAUCUAUCCCAAGAAUGACGAUGAGAGAAAAGUAACAGAGAUGGUGUAUUCCUUACUCCGAAUGUUGUUGCAUCAUGCUAUGAAGUUUGAAUGGGGCGGAUGGAGAGUCUGGGUUGACACCUUGUCUAUUAUACAUUCUAAGGUCUCUUUUGAAGAUCACAAAAGUCAACUAGCCAGGAUUUAUGAGCAGUAUCAGAAACAGCACAAUAGCCGUGUUGUCAAUGUAUCUACUACAGUAUCAGGAGCUGUUGAUGCACACAUUGGUGAUCAACUAUCUGAUGAUGUGUCAGUAAGUACAUUGGCACUAAUGGCUGGUGGCAGUGCAGAUAUGAAGAUGUCCGAAGGCGGGGAAGUUGCUCGUCCCAGACCUAGUCAUCCUGAGAUUAACACAAGAGAAAAAGAAGUGAAAGAAUUUCUUGAUAGUGUUAUUGACCAGGUCGUGGAAAGAGUGAAUGCCCUCCAAGGUGAUGCUAUAAGCCCAACUGUAAUAAAAGACAGGGAAGCAGAAGAAGACAGAGAGAAGAAAGUUGGAGAGGUUGUUGGUGAACAACAUAUAAAGGAUGGUAUUGAGGCUAUGAAUGAUCAAUGUAUAGGUACGGGGGAUUUUGAUGAAGCACAGGUUGAAAGGACUAGUAACAAUGAUGCAAACACAACAAAUCUUACUUCAGUUGAUGCUUCUCAUGAGAGAAAUGAUGCAAGUGUUAUUGCAGAGUCAUCACAGAAGAAUAAACCAAAAGAUGAACAAGUGGACAGUAUGGAGAAGGAAGCUGAUCUUGGGGAUGAAACAAAAGUAAUUGAAACUAAACUGGUUGGGGAAGAGAAACAACUUGCAGAGGAAGCAGAUUCAAGUGCUGCAGAACCAUCAUUGUCUAGUCAUUCAGACACUGUUGGAAAGAAGACAGACAAGGUUGAGGAAGAUAAAGCUGGAGAUAAUGCUGGAGAUAAAAGUGAAACCUCUGCUAAAGCUGACAAGAAAGUAGAUGCUGCAUCAUCUCAUGUCUCUCUAGAAGGAAAUAAAUUAGAUGAUGAACGGAAUGCAGCAGAAGCAUCUGCCAUCAGUUCUGAGGAUAACGUUACCAUUCCAGUGGUAGAGGAACAUACUGAGGUUCCAGAAGCAUCUGAAGAUAACACUGCCAAGGUGACGACUUUAGAAGAGCAUAGUAAGAUAUCUGAAGCAGUCUGUAAUCAAGAUAACAGUCAUGUAUCAAUGGUAGAAGAACAUAGUAAAGCACCAGAUAACAUUACAGCUGAAAUCCCGGUAUUAGAAGAACAUGAUGAGAUGUCAGAAACAGCUGUCAAUGCUGAGGGUAAUGUCACAACUAAGGUGUCCAUUUUAGAAGAACACAGUGAGGCAUCUUUAGAGAGUAUGGAUACUGGAAGUCAAGAGACAACACCAACCAAAUCAAUGUCUACAUCACAGAGUGAAAGCGUCACAGAAGUUAGCAGCCCUAGUGGAAGCUCAGCAGCAUCACAGAGUAGCAGUGCCCCUGAGAGUGCUACAGCAUCACAGAGUUCUAGCACAUCUCAGACGCCAAGCCAGGCGGCAUCACUCAGCCCAACCUCUUCACUCAGUCCUACAGGUUCUCAGAGUCCUUCAUCUUCUCUCAGUGUUCGUUCAUCACAGGGAACCCAGACUGCUAAUAGCUACCUCCAGAGGACAUACUUCCAGACCGGUGCCAGACCUAGAUCUGGUUCCCACCCAGCUCAAAAUUUCAGUCCUGGUCCACAUAGGGUGCCAUACCGGAUUCCAGAGUUUUUCUGGUCCCACAUGCAUCAGAGGAUGAUGUCUGAUUUACUAUUUGCUAUUGAAACUGAUAUCCAAGUCUGGAGAAGUCAAAAUACUAAGACUGUGAUAGACUGUGUGAACUCAAGUGAAAACAUCGUCUUUGUACAGAAUGUUACACAAAUGAUAUCACAAAUCUCUGACAAUCUUAUUUACUCCUGUGGAGGUAUCCUUCCUCUCUUAUCAUCCGCUACAUCCAGAACAGUAAGUAAGAAUGAUCCUGAUGUGAUAGAGCCAACACAAGGCAUGCCUUUAGAAGUGGGUAUAUCAUUUAUUCAUCGCAUUAUGAAUCUUGUGGAUGUGUUGGUGUUUGCCAGCAAUCAAAACUUUGCUGAGCUGGAAGCUGAAAAGAACAUGUCACAGGGAGGGAUACUCAGACAGUGUUUACGAUUGGCUUGUUGUUGUGCAAUACGGAACUGUUUAGAAUGUCGCUAUCGAAACAGACCGAGACCAAGGCUUGGUAGUGUGCCGCAACAAUUGCCAUCUGCUGUACCAGAGACAAAACAGUCAUCACGACAGAGAAUACAGUCUCUGAUAGAAGGGACACAACCUUCUGCCAAGAAUAUUGUAGAAAACCUUGUAACACAGACACCACCUGUGAAAGAACCUGAAAAAUUGCUACAAGAUAUGGAUAUCAAUAGAUUACGAGCUGUUGUGUACAGAGAUGUGGAGGAGAGUAAACAAGCUCAAUUCCUAGCACUAGCCGUGGUUUACUUUGUAUCAGUAUUAAUGGUCGGAAGGUACAGGGAUAUUCUGGAGACUGAAUCUGAUAGCCAUGCUGCAGAUGAAGCUACAAGACAGAGAGCCAGAAGUAUGAUCAAUUCACCGACCAGUACAGAAGGCAGGUUUCAAUUCAACAGCAAUGAUGAUAUGGAAAGAGUACAUCACGGGCAACAAGGUGGUAAUCAGGUUGCUCAAAACAGUUCAGAAAAACCUGCAGUCGAACAGCAAAGCAGUACUGCUGUUGUUACGACUGGUCUGACUACUGUCAACGAUACUGGGUUACAGCAACAACCAGCUGAGACUACGCCUGAUAUGAAUGCUGCAGUGAUUGGAGUCAGUGACAGCAAGAAAGCUGAUUUACAAGCCUCUGCGGCAUUAGCAGCCGCAACUAUUCAGACUGGAGAUGCUGCCGAUGUGGAAACUGUUAAUGUUACUGCCUCUUCACCUGCAGUUAUCUCUGCAAGCAAUAAUGGUGAGCCAAUCAGUACUUUAAGCGGUGUUACCGACAGGACUGUUGUAGCAACCGCUGAUGCUGCAUCUGCUACAUAUCCUCUGUCACCAACCCUCCCCCCAUCAGAACCUGUCACCCCCAAUGAUGCUGCAGGUCCCACUGCAUCCAUCUCUUCGGUGGUCGAUGCCUCAGCUGUGGCUAAGAAACCCAUGCAGACAUGGCCAUGGACACCUGCUAUUGAAGAGGAGAAGAAGAAAGCUGCUGCUGCUAUGAACAAGAAAGCUAUGAGGAACGGCAAUGGUCAGCCUACGAUGGGUCUCCCCCCGGGGCCGCCACCAGCGAGUGCCCUGUGGAAUGGCAACACGACAGUCAGUGGUCCAUCAUUGGCUGAGGCGCACAGUCUGCUGGCAGACAACCAAGCAAUGUGUUGGGGUGGGGGUAACGUGGACGAGAGGCUGCAAAGGUCUUUGGAAACCACUGCACCAUUGCUGAGAGAGAUAUUUGUGGAUUUUGCACAGUUUCUGUCUAAGACUUUGGUUGGAAGUCAUGGACAGGAACUUUUAAUAGAAGGUUUAGUGAGCAUGAAGUCUUCUAACUCUGUUAUUGAACUAGUCAUGUUGCUGUGUUCUCAAGAAUGGCAAAACUCCAUCCAAAAGCAUGCUGGUCUAGCUUUUAUUGAACUUAUCAAUGAGGGCAGGCUACAUUCUCACGCCACCCGGGAACACAUCCUCAGAGUAUCCAAUGAGGCAGAGUUUAUUUUAAGUCGUCAACGAGCGGAGGAUGUCAUGAAACAUGCAGAAUUUGAGUCUCUCUGUGCAACUUCCUCAGUUGAGAGAAAAGAUGAGGAGCGUCUUUGUGACCAUCUGAUAACGGCCGCUAGACAUCGUGAUCACAUGACAGCUAAUCAAGUGCUCCAGAAGAUACUAGGAAUACUAAUCAAUAAGCAUGGUGCCUGGAUGAAUGUUGAACGCACCAAGGAAUUCUUCAAAUUGGACAGUUGGGAAGACAACAAUCGUCGACGGCGACGUCUUGUGAGAAACCCUUACGGUUCAACACAUCCUAGUGCCACACUGAAAGCUGCUUUAGAGCAUGGUGCUGGAGAGGAUGCCAUAGAGAAAGCAAAACAGGCUAUUCAUGCUCAUUUACUAGCGUCUAGUAACCCUGACGACCAGCAGGAUCUUGAGAAUGAUGAUAUCAACAGUCAGUUGGAAGAUUUAGACUUGGAUGCUGAGCUCACAGGACCUCUCGUGUACAGUACUCAAUGCUCUUUGAUUGGUCCAGCUGUGAUGGCCAGAGGUACAUUAUCUAUUACGUCAGCUGAGCUGUACUUUGAAGUCGACGAGGAAGAUCCAGACUUUAAAAAAAUCGACCCAAAGGUUUUAUCUUACACGGAUGGACUGCAUGGAAAAUGGGGCUUCCAUGAAAUCCGGGCUAUAUUCUCUAGGAGAUAUCUGCUACAAAAUACUGCAUUGGAAAUAUUUAUGGCCAAUCGAUCUGCCAUGAUGUUCAACUUUCCUGACACUGCAACUGUAAAGAAAAUAGUACGUUCAUUACCAAGAGUCGGAGUGGGACUAAAGUAUGGAAUCAGCCCAGCAAGGAGGAUGUCAUUAGCAACUCCAAAACAGCUUUUCAGAGCUUCUAAUAUGACACAGAGAUGGCAGAGAAGAGAAAUAACAAACUUUGAGUAUCUCAUGUAUCUUAAUACUAUAGCAGGAAGGACAUACAAUGAUUUGAACCAGUAUCCUGUAUUUCCAUGGGUUCUUACAAACUAUGAUAGUAAUGAAUUGGAUCUCACAUUACCAAGUAAUUUUAGAGAUCUAUCUAAGCCAAUUGGAGCACUGAAUCCAAGUAGAAGAGCAUUUUUUCAGGAGAGAUUUGAAUCUUGGGACGAUGAUAAAAUACCACCAUUUCACUAUGGUACACAUUAUUCCACUGCAGGGUUCACUCUGGCAUGGCUUAUAAGACUGGAACCAUUCACAACUUAUUUCUUGAACUUACAAGGUGGUAAGUUUGAUCAUGCAUCAAGGACAUUCUCAUCAUUGGCAGAAUCUUGGAAGAAUUGUCAGAGAGAUACUUCUGAUGUCAAGGAACUGAUUCCAGAGUUUUAUUACCUACCUGAAAUGUUUAUAAAUAGCAGUGAGUAUACAUUUGGUGUACGUGACGAUGGUAAGGUAGUGGAUAAUGUACAGUUACCACCCUGGGCAAAGUCACCUGAGGAAUUUGUCAGAAUUAAUAGAAUGGCCCUGGAAUCUGAGUUUGUAUCGUGUCAGUUACACCAAUGGGUUGAUUUGGUAUAUGGCUAUAAACAGAGAGGACCUGAGUCUGUGAGAGCAACCAAUGUUUACUACUACCUAACAUAUGAAGGCAAUGUCAAUUUAGAUCACAUUACAGAUCCUGUUACUAGGGAGGUAUGUAUUUCAACCAUAAUUGUUGUCAAGAAAAAAGUGUCAGUCUCUUGGAUUGGCUCUUGGCAUUGUGGGACACCAAAGUACUUUUUACUAGGUACCCCAGGCUCUCCAGGGUACUCUAUGGAGGCAACUAAGAAUCUACUUGUAGAAAUGGAUCCACUUAUCUUGUCCAACACCGGUCUACAUAGACGUCAGUUGAAUGACACAUUAGCUUCUAAUAUCAAAAUGAAAUCAUCCAGUUUUAUUGUAUCAUCUGACAAUAAAUUUAUCAUGGCAUGUGGAUAUUGGGAUAAGAGCUUUCGAGUAUUCUACACUGACACUGCCAAAGUUGUUCAAGUGGUGUUUGGACACUGGGAUGUGGUAACCUGUCUAGCAAGGUCUGAAACCCCUGUAGGUAGUGAUUUCUAUGUUGUAUCUGGUUCCCGUGAUGCUACCUUAUUAGUCUGGUACUGGAGCAGUAAACUACAGUGUAUUGUUGGUGAUAACACCAUGUCUGGUGAAAUGGCAACACCUCGUGCAAUAUUAACAGGACAUGAUACUGAAAUAGUGUGUGUAGCUGUGUGUGCUGAACUUGGUUUAGUUGUCAGUGGAUCUCAAGGUGGUCCAUGUCUUGUACACACUGUACAUGGGGAUCUGCUGAGAACUCUAGAGUCUCCUACUCACUGUAAAUCACCUAAAAUAGUAGCUGUAUCAACAGAUGGUCCUAUAUUAAUAGUUUACAAUAAAGGACAUGUCUGCUCUUUCUCUAUUAAUGGAAAAUUUAUCAAAGAUAUGCAAAUUAAUGACAAUUUACAGACUAUUAGAUGUACGCCGGAUGGUGAAUAUUUCUUAACUGCUGGUGACAACAAAGUAAUUGAAGUCUGGAGAACGUUUGAUUUCAAACAUCUUUAUACUUUCCCGUACUGUGAUCAUAGUAUCUUACAUUUAUCACUAUCACACGACAUGAGAACCAUGAUUGCCGGUUUAUCAUCAGGAAGUAUAGUAAUAUUCAACAUUAACUUUCAGAAAUGGCACCAUGAGUACAGAGAUGCAUACUGA